GAACAAGCAACGACAUCUGUCCACGGACUUCCGUUCUGUACUUCAAUCUUAACAGUACUUCAAAUCAGACUCGUAGAGUUUUAUUCCCCUUAUCAUUUAUUGUAUCUUGCUCACUUACUCCUCGUGAACUUCCAUUCAAUCCCUCACGCGGCCACAGCGGAGCUUACUCGAAUAUCACCGAGAUCUUAAUCCCUGCACACUCACGUUUCGCUCACCUUGUUAACUAUGGCGACUUCAAUUGCUCGCGUACGGGCGGUGGCCAAGCUUCCAGGGCAGCUUCGGACAUUCAGCUCUACUCCCAGAGUUGCUUCUGCAACGGGGGGGGUGAAGCGGUUGGGUGUCAUCGGUGCUGGGCAGAUGGGACUCGGCAUCGCGCUUGUGGCUGCUCAGAGAGCUCAAGUUCCCGUAACACUUGUCGAUGCAAACAAGACGGCCUUGGAUAAGGGUCUUGCAUUUGCGGAAAAGCUUCUUGCAAAGGAUGUUUCCAAGUCCAGAAUCACACAGGAACAGGCCGACAAGGCCCGCUCGCUGUUGUCCCCAGCCACGUCAAUUGAUGAGCUGUCGGAUGUGGACUUUGUCAUUGAAGCCGUUCCUGAAAUCCCCAAGCUCAAGUUUGACAUCUUCUCCAAGCUGGCUGAGGUUUGCCCGAAGCAUGCCAUCUUGGCCACGAACACUUCAUCCAUCUCCAUCACCCGCAUCGCCGCCUCCACCACCCAAGACCCGACAGACACCUCCGCGAGCUCCCGCGUCGUCUCAACCCACUUCAUGAACCCCGUCCCGAUCCAGAAGGGCGUCGAGAUCAUCAGCGGUCUGCAGACCAGCCAGGAGACGCUGGACAAGGCCGUCGCCUUCUGCAAGGCCAUGGGCAAGGUCACCUCUGUGUCCGCCGACUCCCCCGGAUUCCUCGCGAACCGUAUUCUCAUGCCGUACAUCAACGAAGCCAUCAUCUGCCUGGAGACUGGCGUCGGCGACAAGGAGUCAAUCGACGCCAUCAUGAAGAAUGGCACCAAUGUCCCCAUGGGCCCUCUGCAGCUUGCCGACUUUAUCGGUCUGGACACCUGCCUCGCUAUUAUGAAGGUUCUUCACGAGGAGACUGGUGACUCAAAGUACCGGCCGAGUGUGUUGCUGCGCAAGAUGGUUGAUGCUGGUUGGAUGGGAAAGAAGAGCGGAAAGGGAUUUUACGACUACUAAAGCAGAGAUGGGAUGUUGGAGCUGAUGUUGAGCAAAUUGGACUAAUAAGUCGGACCAUCUAAUACGUAAAGUGAUAGAUAGUUCUCAGUAGUAAGCUCAAGAAUUGGAUACAUCGCAACGCAC